UGGUAAGCACUGCCGGGUUAAAUUUUGUCAAAAUACGCUUGUUUACAAACAAAGAUGGCGUCGCCAACUCGUAAGCCAGAAGAUUUAAGAACUAUUUUGUUGAAUAAUCAAAAUGGCGAUAAACAAACGGACCAAUCAGAGAACGCGAUGUUACGAUCCCGUAUCGAAGAGCAAGGACAACUUAUUUGUUUCCUUAAACUAAGAGCUGAUGAAAAUUUAAAUCGGACCAAGGUGUUGGAAGAAAUUAACGAGGAAUUGGAAAUCCUUAAAGAGCAAGAGAAAGAAAAGUUGAAAGAAAAAGAAAAACUUUGUAAAUUACUCGAACGGCGGUUUGAUGAACUGUCAGAGAAUCACGUCGAAAUGAUUAAAUUUAAAGAUUUUUAUAAAAAUAAUUGUCAAGAAUUAAUGAAUGAAAAUCAAAAACUUCUUCGGGAAAAUAAAGAUUUAUUUUCGGAGAGUAUCAAAGAAAAAGACGACAAAAUACUGGAAUUACAAAACGAACUAAUGGAAUCUGGUAAAGAAAUCGUUGAAUUGAAGAAUUUGUUGGAAGGGGUGGAGUCAAAGUUGCGAGGGGUGGAGUCUAACUGUCAAUCAAAAGUUGAUAAAAUUGAAAAAAAAUUAAAAGAAAGAAAAGUUCAACUCGAAUUAAAGCGAAAUGAAAAUGAGAAUUUAAAGAUAAAAACUGAAGAAACUGAAAGUAGAAGUAAAAGUGAAGUUGCAGGGUUGAAGAAAAAGAAUCAACAAUUAGUAGAUGAGGUAAUGAACCGAGGUCGAUUAUUACAAGAACGGCAAUCUGAGGUUCAAGUUUUGUCCGAAACUUUGACGAGGAAGAAUAAAGUUAUUCAGGAUAUGGAGGCCGAUUAUAAACGGAAACUUAAUCUGGCAGAUGUUAAUAUAAGGGUCCAACAAGCUGAAAAUGAACGCAACAUCGCGAUGAACGACUUGAAGAAGUUUCAGCAAAAACACGAGGCUUAUGUGAGACACGCAAAUCAACUAUUGGAGCAAGAGAAAGAUUUGAACCUUAAACUGCGUAAACAUGAUAUCAACUGUUUUAAUUAAGUUCUUAGCUACGUUGUAAAACACUGUGUUUCUAUUUUUAAUAUUUUUUAUUCGUUUUAAAUAAACUAAAGUUU